AUGCUCAGCAGCAGGGACAGGAACAGCCCUGCUCUGUGUGCGGCCAUGUCCCGACAGGACCCAAUACCCGGGCAGGAUUCAGUGAUUCAGUACCCUCCAGCCAGCACCGCUCCAAGCGCUCCCCACAACCCCAGCGCUGCGCGGUUUCCGUGUUGCCUUUGCCCAGCAGCACCCAGGUGGGUCCUUUUGUUUCCCCAGGUGUUGGCACCGAAGGGGGUUUCCACCCAACGCGGCACUCCCAGCGAUGGGCACGACGCCCGGCAGCCACCUGCCCCGCGGCCGGGCCGCGAGCGGAGGGGAACGUUGGGUGUGCGCGCAGCCGGCGGCCGCGGGAUGGAGCGGAGCGUGGUUUCCUCAUUCCCUAGGCUGGGGGCAAAGCCUGCGCUGGGCGGUUGUGUCGUGCGCGGGGUUGGUGCCGGAGGGGGUAGCGCGAUGCUGAGAGCACAGCUCCACCCGGGCCGAGCCGAGGAGCGGAACCGCUUCCCCGGGCCUGCGGGGCGGGGAAGGAGUGGGGGGCCGGGCGGAGAGAUCACGCCCAUUUCUCUGCCCUGGUCCCGCCCCGCGUUGUGUAACGCCCGCUCCGCCGCCGCCACGUGGGUUCGGGCCGGGGUUCGGGGGCUCUGUUUGGGGUCGAGGAUGCCGCGGAGCGGUGGGAAGGGGAGAAAGGAGCGGGAUGUGGGGAGGGAGGAGGAGGAUGCAGGGGCCGUGGGCUCGCUGGAGGCCGCGGUGCGGGAAGCCAGGCGCAGGGCAGCCCCGUCGGUGCGGGAUUUCCGCUACAACAAGCAGCGGGCCCGGCUCGUGUCCCGGGGCUCCGAGCUGAAGGAAGGUGCCGAGUGCAUCCUCUAUUGGAUGUGCCGGGACCAGCGGGUGCAAGAUAACUGGGCUUUCCUCUACGCCCAGCGCCUGGCCCUCAAGCAAGAGCUGCCUCUGCGCGUCUGUUUCUGCCUAGUGCCCAAGUUCCUGGAUGCCACCAUCCGCCACUACGGCUUCAUGCUGAGGGGGCUGCGGGAGGUGGCCGAGGAGUGUGCAGAGCUGGACAUCCCCUUCCACCUGCUGCUGGGCUGCCCCAAGGAUGUGCUGCCCAGCUUCGUGGUGGAGCACGGCGUGGGAGGGCUGGUGACAGACUUCUGUCCCCUCCGUGUCCCCCGGCAGUGGGUGCAGGAGGUCAAGGAGCGAUUGCCUGAAGAUGUGCCCUUUGCACAGGUGGAUGGCCACAACAUCGUGCCCUGCUGGGUCGCAUCCCCCAAGCAGGAGUACAGUGCCAGGACCAUCCGGGCCAAGAUCCACAGCCAGCUUCCAGAGUUCCUCACAGAGUUCCCUCCUGUUAUUCGGCACCCACAUCCACCGCCCAACCCCCCAGAGCCCAUUGCGUGGGAUGCCUGCUACUCCAGCCUGCAGGUGGACCGCACGGUGCCAGAGGUGGCAUGGGCGACCCCUGGCACUGCUGCUGGGCUGGCCAUGCUGCAGUCCUUCAUCACCAAGCGGCUCAAGUCCUUUGGCUCACAGCGGAAUGACCCAAACAAAGCAGCUCUCAGCAACCUUUCUCCAUGGUUCCACUUUGGCCAGGUGUCCACCCAGCGAGCCAUCCUGGAGGUGCAGAAGCACCGACGUGCCUACAAGGAGUCGGUGGAUGCUUUUGUGGAGGAGGCCGUGGUACGGCGGGAGCUGGCAGAGAACUUUUGCUACUACAACGAGAACUACGACAGCGUGCAAGGCGCCUAUGACUGGGCACAAACCACACUGAAGCUCCACGCCAAAGACAAGCGGCCUUUUCUCUACGAAUUGCCCCAACUGGAGCAGGCUGCCACGCAUGACCCGCUCUGGAACGCUGCUCAGCUACAAAUGGUGCAGGAGGGCAAGAUGCACGGCUUCCUGCGCAUGUACUGGGCCAAGAAGAUCCUGGAAUGGACCCGCAGCCCUGAGGAAGCCCUACAGUUUGCCAUCUACCUCAACGACCGCUAUGAGCUGGAUGGGAUGGACCCCAAUGGCUAUGUAGGCUGCCUUUGGUCCAUCUGUGGCAUCCACGACCAGGGCUGGAAGGAGCGGGAUGUCUUCGGGAAGAUCCGCUACAUGAACUAUGCUGGCUGCAAGCGCAAGUUUGACGUGGAUCAGUUUGAGAGCCGCUACCCCCGCUGCAAGUGACUGUGAUGCGGAGGGGUGAGGGACCCUGACUGGUUAGCACUGCUCCCUGCAUGGGUAGAUGUGCUUUUUUCGUGGUGCUGGCUUGCUCUGACACAGAUUUGCUAUGGGUGGUGGUGGAGGGCUGGCUGCAACAGCAGCAAUCCUCAGGGCUUUGUUGUAAAGCUUAUGGUUUGUAGCUUCUAUGUUGGCAGCUGCACGGUGAGGGAUGCAGCUGCCUUGUCCCUGCUCACACUGAAGCUGAGCUCCCUGCCAGAAGGAAAAAAAGAAAAGUUCAGGACACAACCCCACCUCAUAUUAACUUAGUUUAUUAGGGACGGCAUUUUCAUUGCUACACUGUGCAGCAGUCCCAUUGGGAGGGCUCCAGUGAAAUGCUGGGGCAGCUUGUGGUUCUCCCUUAGAAACAUUUGGGGCCUUGGCAAGCUCCAGCAUCACGUCAGGAUGUUAGUGUUGGACAUCACCUUGCUCCAGAGCCCUCAGCCAGGUUUCAAGUCCCCAUUGUUUUCAGAUGGAGGGAAGAAAACACAAAUAAACCAAAAUCCAUUUGCUUUUCUCUAAAUACACUCAGUGCUUCUAGAACGGGAUGUGGGCAACCUCGCAGCCAGUGCCCCACGACAUUAAAGUGCUUCAAACAAAAUGGUGUGGAUGAAGUUGUGCUGCUCGGAGCCAGAUCUCAGGAGGAGGGAGGCCAGCUCGUCCUGCUGAGCUGGAUGGCAGCGUGCGGACCAGAGGCAAGAACAGUGGCAAUGCUUUCUGCUGGCAAGGUAGACCAAGUUGUGGUAGCUCCAGAGCUUCCAGCUGCAGGGCAGGUAGGAGAGCAGCUGCUCUCCUGGGGAAAAUGAGGAUAGAUGGGAGGAGGCAAGAACUCAGGAACAGAUGGGGAAUGGAACUGCUGCAGGCUGGGACCCCUAGAGCUGGUUGUAGCAGGAUGCUGCAGCACAGGGAGGAGAUGCUGUCCUAUCAGCAAGGCUUGGAGUCACCCUGCGGCCACCUCUCCCAGUCCCAUCCUUGCCCUUCCAACUCUUCCAUUACCCCAUACUUUGACACAUCUUGAAAGCCUUCUCACAGCAUAUUGCCCCCUGCCCUUCACCACCCUUGCACAUACACAGGUCCCCCCAUCUUUCCUAAUAUCCACCCUAAUGCUGGGUGUGUGCGUCCCUCCUGUGAUGACUUGAUGCCACGGGAUAAAGCAUCCCUGGCUACAGCAUUUCCAGGGCCAGGCCUCUCUCAGGUGCACUCUUUCUGAGAGCAGCCUGCUCUGUUCCCUAGAGGGACUGGGUGACCCCUCUCCCAAGGGCAGCAGAGCUGAUGGGAAAGGGAACCCCUGGCACUCCCCAGCCCCUGUCAGGGGGUGAUGGAACCAGGAGCAGGAAAGCUCUGGAGUUUUUAAACUGGUAAGUCCCAAACAAAUUGUAUGCUCCCUAAAAUGAGCAUCUCCUCGGGCUGGGGAGCAAAGAGUUAAAAAUACAUACAACCACAUCUAAAAAACAAAAAUAAAACCAAAUCCAGCCAAUUAAAAAAAAAAAAAAAAAAAAAAAA